AUGUUUGCCGAACGGAGUCUUCUGAGCUGUUUAUAUAAUACCCUGAUUUUCAUACAGCUGCUACCCAUGGCGCGUUCCUUCGGUGUGAUUUACGACGAGUACGUUGUGGAUCAGGGCAAAAAUCUGACACUACAGUGCAGGUCAUCGUAUCCGGUCAGGUGGGUGCACGCCGGACGCCGGGACGACUUCCAGCAGUUUCAGAGCGACGGCUCACUGCAUCUAACCAACAUCACCACCAAAGAUGGUGGUCUCUACACCUGUUCGGAGUUGGUUCCGUCGUUUACGACGGUGCAGCUGGACGUCGACGGCGUGAUGACCAUCGAAAAUGCCACCGCGGAUGGUGGCGUCCUGCUGUUCAGCCCUCGUAACGACAGUCUCAACGGCACAAGCACCAGCAGCAGCGUUGAGGAAGGCGACCAACUGAUGCCGCCGUCUCCGUCGCCACCGCCAACGGCGGUGGAAGCCGAUCAGUACGUGGAAGUACGACGGUUCAACAUUAAGGUGCGGAGGCCACCGUACGCGGUAUCGAAUUUUUUCGUGCGUGCCUCCACCAUCAUCGCGGUGCUGGUGUGGGAAGUGCUACCGAACCGGACGGGCGGUUACGCGAUACGGGAUUUCACCGCGGAAAUGCGUAAACUACGGAUGACCGACGACGAUCCGGAGGAAGCGUGGGAAACCAUCGACCCACGGCACAUCAGCCCGAAUGCGCGACAGUUGGAGAUUUACCAUCUUAUCCCGAACACUACGUACGAGUUCAGGAUUUGGGCUAACAAUGCACUCGGUGCCGGUGAUAUUAUGACCAUAACGGCCACAACAACGCCCGACAUGGAGGAGAAAGAUCUGAUCCGGCGGAUAAUGAUCGACGCGCAGAACUUUGACACCCGCGUCUGGAUAGCGGCGGUCGGCGUCGUCAUGGGGACGCUCGUCAUCCUGUCGCUCGGCACGUGCAUCGUGCUGUACAAGGAGUGCCGCGAACCGAUCGAAAAAGACGAAGAACUGGACAGCGUCGAGCUGGUGCCGAACAUAAUACUGAAUCCGGGCUUCUGCGAUUCGGACGAUCAGGGCCAGAACCCGCUGUCGCCUCCGAUGCCGCGUACGCUAGCAUUCCAGAGCAGUAGCCCGCUGGUGGGCAACCACGUGAAUUCGCACAACCGUCGGGGUAGCAGUUACCACCACCGGUAUCACUACGAUAACGACGACGACGAUUCCGACGAGGAACCGAUGACCUUCAGCCGUCGGAUGUCGAUUUUCUUCACCGGAAAUACGAUCAAACGAAUUUGA